AUGACCAACCCUGCCACGUUGCUCAACAAUACGGUCGGCGCGUAUUUUAUUGGAUGCAUAAUCAGUUCCACGCGUACAUCAGGCUUAAGGCUGCGUCAAAGGUUGCCUUUCUCUGGUGAAGUCUCGUGGGUGGAAAACGUAACACACCACGAAGACUUUCUGCGCAAUGUGGCAAUCUCUCCUGCGUUCAUGGUAGUGUCUACUGAAUGUCAAGCUCACGAUUUCUGGUUGUCUGGGCUCUUGGAGGACAUGGAUCCGCAUGUGUGCGAGGCGAACACGGGCGACCAGCAGAGCCACUUCCGCACGGGGCUUCUCAAGCUCGCGUUCAGCUAUGCGCGUCUGUCGGUGCUGCCGGUGGGCUUCCAGUAUUCCUUCGGAAAGGCGGCUGCGACGGAUGAGGGGCCGUUCCUCUGGCGGUGCCUUUGGGCCGCAACAGAUACUGUCAAAGCUGUCGUCGAGGAUAUCGCGAUACCUAGCCAAAAAAUCUACCUCCGGCACGGCCCAGAAGCCCAGUGUGUCUUUGUCACGUUCGCCUCGGCCUUCUUGGUCAAGCUCCUGCAACCCAAGUACGCGCAGCACCUUUCUCGCGAACGGCGCGUCGAGAUCAGAGAUCUCGUCCAACGGGUGAUCGACCUCUUGAGCUCGCCAGAAGUGGCCAUCGAUGACCGCCACGGCCCCAAGCUUUACUCCCGCUUUCUGCAAGGGCUGCUGGCCACUCCCAUGGCAAGGGUCGCCUCGGCGCGUGCCCUCAAAACAGUCAUCGGCACGGUCCUCGCCAUCGCAGGCGCCUGGCACGCUCUCUGCGCGCCAAUCGCUGUCUCCUCCGCCGGCGACGUCGAGCGCCGCCUCCAGUCCGAAACCGGACACGCCUCCGCCACCAUCUGCAUUACUUCAGCUCCAGCAAGCUCAGAUCGCUGCUGGGGCGCCACAUCGAUGCAGUCGAUCACGGACUGGCCAGAUAUGGUGUUGCCCGGCUUCAACUGGAUGGGGUCUAUGCAGCAAACCGACUUCAACACGAACAUUAGAUACGACCAGCCCAUGGUCGGUUUCACCCAUUCAGGUUAG